AAAAACUUUGGUGUCUUGAUAUGGGCCAACAUAAACUAAUCAAUUAUCAUACCUUGUUUUUAUAAAUAUCUCUAUGCAUGAUAAGAGAAAUCACACAUCCCUGGCCAUCUCCACAAUGCUAAACAAGCAACUACUUCAUUUGCUUCUCGUCUGCAUAGCGGUGGCCGUGACCACCACCACGACGGCUGCAUCUACAGCUGCUGAGGAUGCAACGGUCACGUGCAACACAGUUUAUAACGACCUUGAACCAUGUCUUGGCUAUGUGUUAGGUGGUGGACCUAGCGUGCCAUCAGAAUGCUGCAGUGGGAUUAAAUCUCUCCUUAGAGCUGCGCGUACCACAGCUGACCGCCAGAGCGCUUGCAAAUGCGUGAAGAGUGUUGCUUCAAGCGCUACAGGACAGCAAAUCAGCCGUGCUGCUAAAAUCCCUGGAAUUUGUAAGGCCAAUGUUCCUUUCAAGAUUAAUGCAAAUGUUGAUUGCUCUAAGAUCAAAUAAGAGACCUUUUUUUGUGAUUGGAUAAUGUGAAUUUAUAUUUCAGAGUUUCGUAUGUUAUCUUGCACCCAAGUUGCUCAGUGGGCAGUGAACAAUGAGAUUGAAUAUGUAUGUGUUAGUGAGAGUGGGAUCACUGAUGUCCUAUAUAUAAUUUGUAGAAUUAAAUAAACUCGAAUAAUCUCACAUUUUGUAAGCUUUGUUAUUUUAGAAAUUAGUCAAAUUGGCAUUUGAAUAAAUAAUAUCUUUUUUGUUGCUUCGAGAUGAAAAGAGUUGUUUGUAAACAUAUAGUAGCAGAAUGAAGUUUGAAUCGUUGUUAA